UGAGAGGUCAACGGAGAGUUCAAGUGUGUGGCAGCUGACGUGAUUCGAUGUGUCUGCUAUCGUUUAUUGAUCUGUUUCAGCAUGGAGUUAGUUUGUCCAAACGUUCAUGGAAAUAUUGAACAAUUAUGAUGAGAGAUUUAGGGGUAGCUUCCCCAGGAGACGGAAUUAACGGCAGUCCAUCUCGACAUUCAUCCUCGCGACAAGGUUCGAGUGAUCGGUUGUACCCAUCACUUUUUCCGUCAGAUGAUGAAGAUGACAUGUACUACUCAAAAGACAGUGACAGUGCUAGUGGAGCAUCUGUUACAAGUGAAGCACGCUCAACUCCCCCACUCGUCAAUCGCAGACGACACCUUUAUCCCCAAAAUGAGUUUGUAAAUCACCUGAGACCCGAGGAGGUUCGGUGGUUCUACAAACAAGUAGGGGAUAAGGAAUGGAGAUCUUUUAUUGGGUACGAUUCCUUGAGAAUAGAAUGUAGAUUUCGUGCCAUGCAGAACAUAACGGAAGAAGAAAAGACAAUGUUUGAGAAAGAUAUCAUAACUGUCAGAGGCGGUCUAUAUGAAGUCGACGUGGAUAUGAAAAAGUGCACCCCAAUUUAUUGGUCAGACGACGUGGCAGAAAUGAGGCGAGGCUUGUGGUUCUAUGACGAUUACUGGCAGCCAGUUGAGGACGAGUAUGCUCAGGAGAUAGAAUCUGUACAUAUUGCCAAGUAUAUGGGACAUAAACUCAACCAACCUCCACAAUCAAAGGGCAGGAAACAAGUUGUUCAGCGGAAAAACUUUCCAGAAUUCUACAUAGAUUGGAAUUCAGUUGAUGAGAUCUUUCUCUUCAGUGAAUCAGCGUCAUCUAAAAUUUUCAGAUCGGUGAGCAACAAGAUCGGCAUUGCAAAAAGUGGAAGGCGUCUGCGGCGAGGAUAUCGUUAUGAGGCGGUGAUGGACGAUAAACCCCCAGACAUCUCACAUUUGCUGUUUGUCAUCCAUGGUAUUGGGCAGAAAAUGGAGACCGGCAAUAUAAUCAAUCGUUGUCAAGAUCUGAGAAAUCAAGUGAAGAUAUUGAAACAAAAGUUGUUUCCAAACUUUAAUGAACUAAAUCAGAGAGCUGAAUUCUUGCCUGUGGAAUGGAGAACAAGACUAAAACUUGAUGGAGACACAGUGGAUUCCAUUACACCCCACAAGCUUCGAGGGAUCAGGACAGUGUUAAACAGUAGUGCUAUGGACAUUCUGUACUAUACAAGUCCACUGUACAGGUCUGAGAUAACACACAGUCUACAGACCGAGCUCAACAGGCUUCAUGAGAUGUUCUGUAAGAGAAAUCCAUACUUUCUGGCUAAUGGAGGGAAGGUAUCCAUCAUUGCUCAUUCCCUAGGUUCUGUGAUAACGUACGACAUCAUUACUGGCUGGAACCCAAUACAGAUGUAUGACCAGUUUGUUACUUCCGUGAUAGACAAUGAGGAACAAACUGCCGGCUCAUCCGCUGAGAUAAGGGAUGAACUCAAGGAAGCAAAGAGAAGAAUAAACGAUGAAAAAGAUAAUUUGACAUUAGUAAAUGACCUAGAAUCACUGCUGAUGACGGUCCACGAGAAGCAAAAGACAGAGACAACUCUUAACUUCCAGCUGGAGAACCUGUUCUGCCUUGGGUCACCAUUGGCUGUGUUCCUGGCUUUAAGAGGGAUUCGCCCAAAAGGGAAGGGUACAUUGGACCACAUCCUUCCCAGCUCAGCCUGUAAACGCCUCUACAAUAUUUACCAUCCAUACGACCCUGUGGCCUACAGACUGGAACCCCUGAUUCUGAAGCACUACUCCACCAUUGCACCACUUUGUAUACACAAACAUGACGCAGGAAAUAAGCAGCCCUACGGCCAGAUGAAAACAGAAGCUUACGCUGCCUUCCAGGCCUCAAGUGAGAGUGAGCGGGGUGACCAGUCAGAUCGCGAGUUUGUAGAUAGCACAGAGCUUGCCUCAAACAGCAGCCAGGAUACUUCUCCGUCUCGUAACCAAGGUUUUACUUCCUUCUUAACUGGUAUCUUCACAAAGAAGAAUGAGGUCAGUCUUGCUGCGGAACUGAAGAGCAUCAAGAGAUUGGAGAAGGACGCGGCUGCCAUAGAGAAGUCACUGAAUUCUGAGAUGAUGGAGGAGGAUAUAGACCAAACAGAUUUGGAGUACCGUAUUGAUUUCCAGCUGAGAGAAGGUGGAUUUGUCAGCAGUUAUCUCUCUUUGCUGACCUCUCAUACCUCCUAUUGGAAGGACAGUGAUGUGGCCUACUUUCUGUUGACACAUCUUCACCCAGCUCUAGAACAUUCCUGACAGAGGUCAGGGGUAUAGUAGCUUUACACUGGACACACAAUAAGUGCUGUUCUUUGGAAGGAUUACAGGGCAAGGAGAAAACUACAACACACAAGAAUUGUGUUUUCGUGUGUUAAUGUGUUACCCCUGAAUUCAGUCAUAUACACAUGUAUAUGGAAGACACACAGUCUGUGGCGUGUAAGCCCAUAAACAGAUAUGAUGUGUUAAUGGGUGUCCAGUCUAACAACAGAAGUUUUCAUCAGGUAUAUUUUUGAAAAAAGAUGAUUUCUUCAGUAAACAGCCCUUGUAGGGAUCCUGAGUAACAAUACAAUUAAAACCAGGAAAUCUAAUGAGUUAUUGAAGCUCAAUAAGUGAAGUGAUAUAAAGGUAAUAAUAAAUAGCAGUGUGGUUCUCUCAGGUUUGGAUGGAACCAAAGGAGUCAUGUAGUUCAAGUAAGGUGGGAAUAAAAUCAAAGGAAUGGCAGUGUGAAUCUGUUCAGGCAGGAAUGGUAUCACAGGAGUGGCAGUGUGGUUUAAGUCAUGAUAGAAUGGUAUCUAAGGAAUGGCAGUGUGGCUAUGAGUCACCUUAGAAUGGUAUCUAAGGAGUGGGAGUGUGGCUAUGAGUCACCAUAGAAUGGGAUCUAAGGUGUGUCAGUGUGGCUAUGAGUGACCUUAGAAUUGUAUCUAAGGAGUGGCAAUGUGAAUGUGAGUCACCUUAGAAUGGUAUCUAAGGAGUGGCAGUGUGGCUAUGAGUCACCUUUGAAUUGUAUCUAAGGAGUGGCAAUGUGAAUGUGAGUCACCUUAGAAUGGUAUCUAAGGAGUGGCAGUGUGAAUAUGAGUCACCUUAGAAUGGUAUCUAAGAAGUGGCAGUGUGGCUAUGAGUCACCUUAGAAUGGUAUCUAAUGAGUGGCAAUGUGGUUUUAGUCAUGUUAAAAUGGUAUCUUAGGAGUGGCAGUGUGGCUUUGAGUCACCUAAGAAUGGUAUCUAAGGAGUGGCAGUGUGGCUAUGAGUCACCUUAGAAUGGUAUCUUAGGAGUAGCAGUGUGUCUAUGAGUCACCUUUGAAUGGUAUCUAAGGAGUGGCAGUUUGGCUUUAGUCAUGUUAGAAUGGUAUCUAAGGAGUGGCAGUGUGGCUGUGAGUCACCUUUGAAUGGUAUCUUAGGAUUGGCAGUGUGGCUGUGAGACACCUUAGAAUGGUAUCUAAGGAGGGGCAGUUUGGCUUUAGUCAUGUUAGAAUGGUAUCUAAGGAGUGGCAGUGUGGCUGUGAGUCACCUUUGAAUGGUAUCUUAGGAUUGGCAGUGUGGCUGUGAGACACCUUAGAAUGGUAUCUAAGGAGUGGCAGUUUGGCUAUGAGUCACCUUAGAAUGGUAUCUAAGGAGUGGAAGUGUGGCUGUGAGACACCUUAGAUUGGUAUAUAAGGAGUGGCAGUUUGGCUAUGAGUCACCUUAGAAUGGUAUCUAAGGAGUGGAAGUGAGGCUGUGAGACACCUUAGAUUGGUAUAUAAGGAGUGGCAGUGUGGCUCCAAUGAGGUUGGAUUGUACCAAUGUGUAUUUUUUUUAUAUUAUAUAUGGAGUAAGUGUUUGUGUAACAAGCAUAUCAAGUGAUCAGAAAAUCUCUAACAAAUAUGCUGUUAUUUUUUAGAUUAUGAAUGUUUUUGUGAGAAAUACCCACCAAGGAUUGCAGAAUAUGUAAACUUAUUACAACUUUCUGUGAGAAUCGGAAUGCACUAAAAGUGAUAAUACAUUUAUAAGGUUUUUGAAUGUUUUGUAUUCUCUCUGCUGGUUUUGUUUUGCUCAAUUAGAGAAAAGGACACAUUCCAAUUAUAACUGCUUUGUGAUACAAUGUAUUUGAUGUUUGUAUUAGUACUACUGUUGUAGAUCAUUUAGUACUCCUAUCAUAGAUCAGAUUGUGCAUUCCUAAAUCUAAGUAACUCAUCUAAUUUUCUGCUAAUAUAUGAACUCCACUCUACAGUUAGAACUUUCCCACUGUGACCUUGUACAUAUGUAUCAAUACUUGUUUAAGAUGGUAUUGAUGAUGCUUGACUUAGUAAGAAGUUGUGUAUUGGUGAUUCAGUGAUGGUUAGGAAGGGAAGUCACUUUUUCAGCUACACAUCACCCUUUUAUUGGGUAUACUGUAUUCUGGGUUUUGUCACCAAGUCAACCUUUCGACCUUCACCGAUAACAUCCAUAUUCACCUAGUGUUAACCCUUUCACCACUGUAGACCAUAAUGGACUCAUCCAUAUCAGUCUACUUAAGUUACAUAGGGGUGAAAGGGUUACUUUUGCCCUUCAGAUUUAGUUCUAUGUAUUUUAUGUUGUUUUCUAAUGUUCGCUGUUAUGAUAAAUUUGCCCUGAUUACGGAGAGUGAAAAUUACACUGCAGCGAAAUUUUCCUGUAUACAGUAUAUACAUGUAUCAUAAUCCUUAUCUGCUGAAAGACAUUUUUACUAGAUUUAAAAUUUAAAUCUGCCACUGUAGUACAGAUUGGUAAAACUUAUUUAUGGAUUUGAAAUUGAUAGGAAGAUUAUCUUUAAAAUAGUUGGAAGAAGUAACUUCAGUAUGAAUUUCCUGGUAAUAUACUUGAUCAAGACAAAAGGUUUGUUAUACAACUUGGACUGUAAGGAAGGUGUCAAUUCUUUUUGACUUCAACAUUAAAAUAACAAAAAAGGCUAAAUAUAAUGUCAUUAAAUAUUCCGCCGGAGAGCAUAUACUUCUUAUGUCGGAUUCCACCGAGGAAAGACAAUACUUCAGUGUCUCAAUGUUAUAUAACCAUCCUGUGAUUUUUACCUAUAUGCUGUACCAAUAUUGUGGUGCUUUAUUUUCUUACGGAUAUAUUUUAUUGAAUGGUUUAGGUUAUAAGUGGUGUUUUUGAUUGUGUGAUGAGAUCAGUGUAUAUACAAUGUAGAUAUAAGUUUGUAUAACUGCCUGUAUAAGCUGUUAUAUGUUUACUUGCUUUUUUGUGAGUUAUAUUAAUUCCUUUUUACUCGUGGUUUAUGCUACAAAAGUAAAAUUUCAAUUUCAUCUCCAAGGACAAUGGAACCUGAAAAUAUAGGAGUGUAAUCGGGAUCCACUGUGUCAGUGAACAAAUCAAUCUCUUCUUAUGGAGUUUAACAUUCCUGAGAAAAUUAUUGUUUUUGUGCAAUGAAUAUAUACAUGCAUUUACCCAUUUUAAAUUCAUCUCAUUCAAGGAAGAAGUGGUAGAGACAUCAUUUAAUAAUCACGUCGAUCUCAAAAUCCAUUCCUUGUUUAUCAAGUACUUCUGUUUGUCCAGAAUUUUCGAUAAGUACAUUUACCAAGCCAAUACAUAACCUUUGACAUUAUAAUUCAUUGUAUCAUUCACUAAUGUAUAUUAUAUGUCAACCGUGACAGUGUGUUUGAAGAAGGAAAUUCAAUAUUGCCCGAUGUUCCUUAGGUCACUGUUGCUGAAAAUUAAAUGGGGGUGGGUGUCUGGGUCAGACAAGUGUUAAUAAUGCGUUAUAGUACUGUUCAAAAUACACUGUAGUACUUAUAUAUUAAUUAUCUGACCAUUUGACGGAAAAGGAAAUGUGCAACAUAACCAGAAUCAGGAAAUCCAAGAUGGCCAGCUGUCAAAAUCAAAGAUACUAAAAAUAGAACAGGAAGGAUACUGUCAAAACUACUUUUCUGGCCCUAUGGACUUGUUUGUGUUUGUUUAGAUUGGAAAAGGAACUUGGACAACAUCCAACAUUUAUAACUUUAUAUUUCCUAGAAUCAGGAAAUCCAAGAUGGCCACCGUCCAUUGCUUCUGAUUGGCUGAAAUAUAUAUAUGGCUAUAUAUUAUGUUCUGUUAACACAAUUUUGUUCAUACUUGGUGGCAAAUGGUACUUACAGGAUAGUUGAUCAUAUGGUGAAUAAGAAAGCAUUAUUAGGAUCACAUAAAACAAGAUGGCUGCCAUGGAUAUGAUUGGCUACAAUGUCUACCUUAGAGCUUGUAACUUUUGUUCUACCGUUUUGAUUUAGUUCAUACUUACUGGUAAAUAGUAUUUGAAGAAUUACAAAUGUGUUGAACUUUUCAUUACCAAUAAUAUUAAAAAAUUCCAAAAUAUCACUGUUGCUUUUGCUUGGUGAUUCUAGUUGAUAUAAUUAUUUGGUCAGGCACACGGCAAGGCCCUUCCUGACCUGUCAGUGCUGUAGUUUAUUUUUAUGUGUAUGCUCAUUUUUCACUGUUUAUUUUCACAUGUUAGUGCAAUAUACAUAAGAGAUUCAGCCAAAUUAGUUUGUACUGUUGAUUUUAUGAAACAAAAUCACAUUGAUCAAGAUAAGUAAUAAAAAAACCCAUGUAUUUGUAAAUUCUUAUUCAACUCCUAUUUACACAAAGGAAUCUUAAUCACUGCCUCACAAGGCAUUAGACCUUUGACAAAUUGGACGUUACUGUCCAAUUUUUUAAUAGCACACAUAUGGAGUGCUCCGUCACUUACUGAUAUACACACACUCCCUCAACCACCCACCCACACUUGUACACAUAUCUUGAUCACCCAGACACAUCCAUAUCCUCAGCAACCCCCAAAUGUACACAAACACUCAUACAUGUACACACAUACCCUCAGCCACCCACACAUGUAAACACACACCUUGAUUACCCAGACAUACCCUCACACAUGUACACAUAUGUAUAAACACUUACCUUGAUCACUCACCCAUGUACACACAUACCCUUAGCCACCCACACAUGUAAACACACACCUUGAUUACCCAGACAUACCCUCACACAUGUAAACACGUGCCUUGAUCACUCACCCAUGUACACACAUACCCUUAGCCACCCACCCACACCCACACAUGUACACACAUACCCUCAGUAACCCCCUACACAUGUACACACAUACAUUAGCCAGCCCCACACAAGUACACAUAUACCCUUAGCCAUCCACCCACACAUACCCUUAGCCACUCUCACACACAUACCCCAAGCCAUCCACCCACACAUACUCUUAGCCACCCCCACACAAGUACACACAUACCCUUAGCCACACCCUAAACAUGUACACACAUACCCUCAGCCACCCCACACACAUGUACAACAUACCCUUAGCCACCCACCCACAUACAUACAUACCCUUGGCCACCCACCCACACCCGUAUAAUCAUAUACCUCAACUACCCAGUGCAACUCACUGGUGUAUGACAUGCACUGUUGAGAAUAUUUUUAUCAAGAAUAUAUCAUAAACUGCAUAUGUUAUAAGUCAGAAAUAUAGACCAGUAUUUGAUGUGCUUGUGGGAACUUUGUCAAAAAGAUCAAAUUGGAUGUCUUGUAUUUUUGUUAUGCGACAAGAUUUAUUUUAUGGGCUUUCCAAAUGCCAAAUGUUUAAAAUAAAAAAGUGUUUUAUAAACAUUAA